GCAAAAAGUUGACGGGGCAUAUCUGGUUUUUGUUAGAGCUUCGUGUCGGUUGUCGGUGAGUCUUAAGGUUUCUUUCUUUUCGUUCUUUCCCAGUCAAAAUCACGGCUGGUAUUAUUCCACUGGCUCUUGCCUCCGAAGCUUGGGCCUGCCGAUGCAAUGUGUCUGUCGCGCCAUGGUGACCAUACCUUUGUUGAGGGAGCUGGCACCCUUGCACAUCCUCACAGCUGAAGAGCUUCACAGUCUAGAUGGAUUCAAGGCUCAAUGGCUCAAUGUUUUCCAUGUUGCGGAUUCCACUCCUUUUGAGGAUCAAAACUUUUGUUCCUUCUCUCUGUGAAUCGAAAUGAGGCAAGUUAAUUUGCUAAGAGUGCCCCUUAGGGCGGCAUGCACCCCUUCAUCUGGCACAACGAGAUUUCUCUCCGCGGCAUCACCAUCCCGAUUGGACUUGCAGGCACACCGCAAGCCUAGAACACAUCUCGUUCUUCGAAGCUCAGCGCAUCAACAGCACACAGCUCUUCACACUACCACGAAACGCCUCACAACAGCCAUUGCUCCAGACACUCCCGAACCAGCAUCACCUGAAGCUGUGUACUCGCCGCCCACGACCGGUAUCAUCUCUUACCUGCCCGCAUCAUGGGUCCCCUACGCAGAACUCACCCGCAUCGAUAAGCCCGCAGGCACUUACUACCUCUUCUUCCCCUGUCUCUUCUCAACGCUGAUGGCCGCGCCGAUGGCCAUGCCCAUGGCAUCGCCGGCCUCUGUCAUUGGAACCUCGCUUCUGUUCUUCUCGGGAGCCCUCAUCAUGCGAGGUGCGGGCUGCAGCAUCAACGAUCUAUGGGAUCGUAACCUAGAUCCACACGUCACGAGAACGAAAUUCCGACCCAUUGCGCGAGGUGCCAUCACUCCCUUCCAGGGUCUCGCCUUCACCGGCGCCCAGCUCCUGGCUGGACUGGGUAUCUUGGUCCAGUUCCCCACGUCCUGCCUCUGGUACGGCAUUCCGAGUCUGCUCUUCGUGGCCUCCUAUCCUCUGGCCAAGCGGGUCACCUACUAUCCCCAGGCCGUACUGGGCCUCACCUUCUCCUGGGGUGCGAUGAUGGGCUUUCCAGCUCUCGGAAUCGACUUGUUGUCCAAUAGCGCGGCGUUGACGGCUGCCGGGCUCCUGUACACGUCAAACGUCGCGUGGACGAUUCUGUACGAUAUGAUCUACGCCCACAUGGACAUCAAGGAUGACGUCAAGGCGGGCAUCAAGAGUAUCGCCCUUAAGCACGAUGCCGAGACCAAGCAGGUCUUGACAGGUCUGGCUGCGGUUCAGCUGGGUCUUUUGGGUGCUGCUGGCUUCGCAGCUGGUGCGGGUCCAGCCUUCUUCAUCGGUAGCGUCGGUGGAGCGGCGGUGACACUCGGUGUCAUGAUCAAGCGGGUCAACCUGAAGAGCGUCAAGGACUGCUGGUGGUGGUUCAUUAACGGCUGCUGGAUUACUGGUGGCGUCAUCAGCUUGGGUCUCGCGGCCGAUUAUACUGUAAGAUACGUUCAAGGCGGAAAGGAGGAUGCUGCCAGUCAGAAGCAGCUGGAGUAGGAAACUUCAAAAAAGGGCGUAUAGAUGCCAGGAGAAAAACAUGUACCAACAUCGUCUGUAAAUUUCAUAGCACGUAGAAUCAACAU